CCAGCGGCAGCGGCGGGACCCAGGGCAGCUCUGCAAGCGGCUCGGUGCCCCCAUUCCUCAGCAUGGCCCCCUCAGCCUGGGCUGUCUGCUGCCUCCUGGGGGGCCUCCUCCUCCGGGGGGGCAGUCCCAGCCCAGGCCCCAGCGUGCCCCGCCUGCGGCUCUCCUUCCGAGACCUCCUGUCUGCCAACCGCUCUGCCAUCUUUCUGGGCCCCCGGGGCUCCCUAGACCUUCGGGCCCUGUACCUAGACGAGUACCGGGACCGCCUGUUCCUGGGGGGCCGUGAUGCCAUCUACUCUCUGAGGUUGGACCAGACAUGGCCGGAUCCCCGGGAGGUCCUGUGGCCACCGCAGCCUGGACAGAGAGAGGAGUGCGUUCGCAAGGGAAGAGAUCCUUUGGUGGAGUGCGCCAACUUUAUACGGGUGCUGCACCCCCACAACCGGACCCACCUGCUGGCGUGUGGCACUGGCGCCUUCCAGCCCACCUGUGCCCUCCUUGCUGUUGGGCAUCGUGGAGAGCAUGUGCUCCAUCUGGAGCCCCGAAGCGUGGAAAGUGGGAGGGGGAGAUGCCCACACGAGCCCAGCCGUCCCUUUGCCAGCACCUUUGUAGGAGGGGAGCUGUACACAGGCCUCAACGCCGAUUUCCUGGGGCAUGAGGCCAUGAUCUUCCGGACUGGGGGUUCCCGACCAGCCUUGCGUUCUGACUCUGACCAGAACCUCCUGCACGACCCCAGGUUUGUGUUGGCCGCCCGGAUCCCUGACAACUCCGACCCAGAUGAUGACAAAGUGUACUUCUUCUUCUCGGAGACGGUCCCCUCGCCUGACGGAGGCCCGGGCCGUGUCACCGUCAGCCGAGUGGGCCGCGUCUGCGUGAAUGAUGCGGGCGGCCAGCGGGUGCUGGUGAACAAAUGGAGCACCUUCCUCAAGGCCAGGCUGCUCUGCUCCGUGCCUGGCCCUGGCGGUGCCGAGACCCACUUCGACCAGCUGGAGGACGUGUUCCUGCUGUGGCCCAACUCGGGGAAGAGCCUGGAGGUGUACGCUCUCUUCAGCACCGUCAGUGCUGUGUUCCAGGGCUAUGCCGUCUGUGUGUACCACAUGGCUGAUAUCUGGGAGGUCUUCAAGGGGCCCUUUGCCCACCAAGAUGGUCCCCAGCACCAGUGGGGGCCCUAUGGGGGCAAGGUGCCCUUUCCACGUCCUGGCAUGUGCCCCAGCAAGAUGACUGCACAGCCAGGACGACCCUUUGGCAGCACCAAGGACUACCCGGAUGACGUGCUGCAGUUUGCCCGAGCCCACCCACUCAUGUUCCGCCCCGUGCGUCCCCGGCGGGGUCGCCCUGUCCUUGUCAAAACCCACCUGGCCCAGCAGCUACGUCAGAUCGUGGUGGACCGUGUGGAGGCAGAGGAUGGGACCUACGACAUCAUGUUUCUAGGGACUGACUCAGGGUCUGUGCUCAAGGUCAUUGCCCUCCAGGCGGGGGGCUCUGCGGAGCCUGAGGAGGUAGUUCUGGAAGAGCUCCAGGUGUUUAAGGUGCCAACACCCAUCACUGAGAUGGAGAUCUCCGUCAAAAGGCAAAUGCUGUACGUGGGCUCAAGGCUGGGUGUGGCCCGGCUGCAGCUGCACCAGUGUGAGACGUACGGCAGUGCCUGCGCAGAGUGCUGCCUGGCCCGGGACCCCUACUGCGCCUGGGACGGUGCCUCCUGCACCCGCUACCGGCCUGGCACCAGCAAGCGCCGGUUCCGCCGCCAGGACAUCCGGCAUGGCAACCCUGCCCUGCAGUGCCUGGGCCAGAGCCAGGAGGAGGAGACCGCGGGACUCGUGGUGACCAACACGGUCUACGGGACGGAGCACAACAGCACCUUCCUGGAGUGCCUGCCCAAGUCCCCGCAGGCUGCCGUGCGUUGGUUCUUGCAGCGGCCCGGGGACGAGAGGCCUGAGCAGGUGAAGACAGACGAGCGCGUCCUGCAAACAGGGCAGGGGCUGCUGUUCCGCAGGCUCAACCGCCUGGAUGCCGGCACCUAUACUUGCAUGACGCUGGAGCAUGGCUUCUCCCAGCUGGUGGUCCGCCUGGCUCUGGAGGUGAUCGUGCCUGCGCAGCUCGACAUUCUGUUCCCCCGGGAGCCGAGGCCAGAGGAGCCCACAGCCCGAGGCGGCCCCGCCUCCCCCCCCCACAAGGCCUGGUAUAAGGACAUCAUGCAGCUCAUUGGCUUCGCCAACCUGCCCCGGGUAGAUGAGUACUGUGAGCGAGUGUGGUGCCCCUCCCGCAGCCGCAGCCGUGGCAAACAGGCCAAGGGCAAGAGCUGGGUGGGGCUGGAGCUGGGCAAGAAGGUGAAGAGCCGGGUGCAGGCCGAGCGCAAUCGGACACCCCGGGAGGUAUGAGGCCACACAGAGGAGGGAGGAGGAGGGGGUGGUUGGGAUGGGCCGAGUGGCCAGCAGCAGCCCCCAGCAUCUCCCACCCACCCAGCUAGGGCAGAGGGGGCUAACGUGCCUGAUGGCCUCUUAGAGAUAGAAUCUCUGUCCCCAGGCCCCUACCAGGCCACCCGCAAGAUAGGCUGGGGCCUGAUGGAGGGCCCUGUGUCCCAGGCCUGUUCCUUGUCCCCUCUCUGGGCUCUCAGUCCCAGGCGGGAGUCAACACCCUCUGGCUGCUGGCAACCCCAGUGGGUUUGCUAUUUGUUCUCGAGCAAGGCUCCCACAGCACAUUUCCGCUUGUGCCCAGGGGCAAGAGGGUUGGGUGGUUCUUACCCAGCCUGCAGAACAAUGGCCAUUCUGAGUGACCCUUAAAGUGGGUGUGUGGGUGCGGCUGAGGUGGUGUCUGGGCAGGGGGCCCUCAGGCAGACGAGGAGGGUGGAAGUCGCCCCUCAGCUAGCACCCUCUAAGAAGACCUACCCUGACUGAAGUGGGGAGGGAAAGUGGAGGCGCUGAGAAGGUGGAACAGCAAGAACCCCCUCCCACUUCGUGCCCUGAUGUCUUGGUGAUUGCCUGCCACUGCUCACACCCUCUUCUCCAUCUCAAAAUCACAGAAGCACAGACUGCGAGAGCUCCCUGAACCCCCCAGCCUAACUUCGCUGCUCUGGGUCCCGUUGCCGCCAGGCACGUUUCCUGGGAGGCCCACCCCCUCCUGAUGGGAUGGCCUCUCCCCACGGUCAGGGUCUCCAUGUUGACGAGCAGGGAGCGGGUGAAUUCUAGGAGAAGCUGUCCCUCAUCUUUGUGGACUAGUAGGUAGGGAGAGGGGAGCUGAGGUAUUUAGAGGAGUGGGCUGUCUUUCCAAGGGUGACGCAAGCUUACGCACAGCCUGGGAGGGUGGGGAUGUGGCGGUUAUGUGAGCAAGCUGUGUGGUGAGGACAAAAGGCAGUGCUUUGCCUGGGAGGCCACAGGGGACUGAGAUGGGGAGAAGUCAGGAGAUCCUAGGACCAGCCACGGGACCCAGGAGCAGGCAUUCUCAAGGCCCCAAGAAGGCAUCAGUCAGCCCAGCAGCCAGAGGUUUCCCACCCUAGGAUCUUUGGUUUCUGCUAAAUAAGGUUGUUUGUCAUGGGUGGUUCAUUUAUGAAGUCUAUAUUUUUCUUUUAAGGGAGAAAAUUGCAGGGGGAAACUGCUAAGGCCUGCUGGUUCCUGGGGGUGCUGCUGGCUCAGGUAGCCAGGACACAUUCUGUCUGGGUGUGUAGGGAGGUGUUUUUGCCAUCAGCAGUAAUGUGUUUCUUGGGCUGGGGAGCAUGGAGGAGGAGGAGGACUAAAUGAAAAGUUGUUCGCAGCCUGAAUAUGAACAAGUCAGUGACGCACAAAAUGGACAGGAGGGGGACAAGGGCCUCAGGUUCAAGAUUCCCUCCAUUAAGAACCAAGAUGAAGGAAAGGGGAAAAAAAUCAUAAAAAGACAGGGCUUCCUGCCCCCCUGAACUCAAACCCAGACUGUGUCUGCCUUGGGUUGUAUCUGAGCCCCACCUCCACUCCCCACCUCCCAGUUCCUACCACCUCUAGACAACUGGGAUCUGAAAUAGGCCCCUUCCCCUCUUUGCAUGGUAAGUGAACCAGAUGUGUACUGAGGUUAACCUGACAGCACUUUGGGAAGCCUCCAGCCAGGGGCAGUUGUGGCUGGGAUGUCAGCAGGUAAAAGCAGAGGAGGAGCACUGUGGGGAAGGGGCGGGAGGAGAGAGGAAGAGAAGACAGAGGCUGUGGAAGAGGGUAGGGGGAGAGCCCAGAACCCCAGGCUGCAAGCAGCUCUGCCCUGUAUCCGAGGAUUUUUCAGUGACCACUAGGCUGGGUCCCCAGGGGAAGUUACUCUGGAAAACGGAGGGAGGAGUUCAAAACCCUGACAAGGAACACCUGCACUUGGAAAAUAUGGACAGCUUCUACUGAUCUCCACCCCGUCACCCCCAUGGUACCUUGUGUUAUUCACUCCUGGAAAUGCCUCUAUGUGUGAAUUCUAUUUUUGUAUUCAUCUGUCAAGAUGGGCCUCGUGGUUUCUCUGUCUUCAAAGCACACUUCUCAUAAUUCCCAUUGUUUUUUAUAUCGUCACCACCCCUGAGCGCUGGUGAGGAGAGUGCAGGGGUUUUCCACACAUCCUACAGGGAAAGGGAUGAAGCUAAUAUUUAUAUCAUGUAAUUAUAUCAUUAUUGUGUCUGUGUAUUUCUGUACUAAAUUGACUGAUGCCAUUCAUGUGAGCUGUAAAUGAGGGGCCUUCCCUGUCCAUUCCAGAAGGGCAAACCCACCCUGGGUGGUUUUUUUCUAAAAGGCAAGGAGAUGGGUAUCAGAGGAAGGAAGAAGUCAGAGGGCUUUGCCUAUGAAGCUGAGAUUGCUUAUUAAAUUAGGAAAAUCCCA